AUGACGACACCCAGGAAUUCAGUGGUUGGAGCUUUCCCAGCGGAAGGUCCCACUGCCAUGCAUGCUGCUCAGAAAGUGAUUCCCAGGAGGGUGCCUGCAGUGGUGGGCCCCACACAGAGCUUCUUCAUCAGGGAAGCGAAGGCUCUGGGGGCUGUCCAGAUUAUGAACGGGCUGUUCCACAUUGCCCUGGGAAGCCUCAUGCUGAUCCACAAGGACGUCUACAUGCCCAUCUGUGUAACCUUGUGGUACCCUCUCUGGGGAGGUAUCAUGUACAUCAUUUCUGGAUCACUGCUGGCAGCAGCGGAGAAAAACUCCACACAGAGCAUGCUCACGGGAAGAGUAAUAAUGAACUCUUUGAGCCUCUUUGCUGCUAUUUCUGGAAUAAUUUUUUUGAUCAUGGACAUAUUUAAUAUGACAAUUUCCCAUUUUUUUAAAAUGGAGAAUCUGAACCUUAUUAAGACUCAGAUGCCAUAUAUUAACAUAAACAACUGUGAACGAGCUAACCCUGAUGAGAAUAACUCUCAGUCCAUGGAAUAUUGUGCCAGGAUACGGUUUGUGUUCUUGAGCAAUUUCGCAGUGAUGAUGAUCUUUGCCUUCCUCCAGAAACUUGUGACAGCUGGCACUGUUGAGAAUGAGUGGAAAAAAAUAUGCUCCAGACCCAAAGCUAACAUCGUUCUCCUGUCAGCUGAAGAAAAAAAGGAACAGGCGAUCGAAAUAAAAGAAGAAGUGGUUGAGCAGACUGAAGUGGCUGAGCAGAUUGAAAUAUCUUCCCUACCAAAGAAUGAAGAAGACAUUGAGAUUAUUCCAGUCCAAGAAGAGGAAGAAGAAGCAGAAAUGAACUUCCCGGAGCCCCCCCAGGAUCAGGGAGACGCGCCAAUAGAAAACGAUAGUGUCCCUUAA